AUGUAUAAAUCCCGCCCUGAGUCUGAGGAUGAGCUAGUAGAGAAAAUUCAAAGACUGGAAUGUGAUUCAUCCUCGUCAAUUCUUGACGAAAUUCCUGCGCUUCUAUACGAGGCACAGCAUGGUGACUUAGAGUCAUGCCAGAAACUGGUGGAGGAAGGGGCAGACAUUAACGAAACGGACAAAUAUGGCAACAACGUGUAUCAUCUCGCAGCCUUGAACCGAAACAACUGCGAUAUGGAACUGCUCUAUUUCUUUGCGACCCGCGGAGCAGAAAUGAAAAGACUCAAUAAUGAUGACGAUGAUGCAGUCCCUUUCGCUCUCAUCAAUAGGAACUUCAAGUUUGCGAGAGAGCUGUUCAACAUGCAAAGAACCAAGGAAAGCUUUCUUUUGCGUUGCAUUGGUACAACGCCGGAGUCAAUUAAAUUCGCGUAUCAGCAAGACCCAUCAGUGGUCAAAGUGAAUGGCAGCGAAGAAUUCGACUUGCGGAUUUUGAAGGAGAUGGCUUGGUUUCACGAUUUCGAGACAUUCAAGUGGAUCAUCGAGGUUGCCACCAGCAGAUUCGGUGUGGAUUUAUCUCAAAAUAAAGAACUGCAACUGAGAAUUUUAAGAGAAGCUGCUCGAAAUCUUGAUGAGCCUAAUGGCCAGGCAAUCGCCAACUUCCUUUUUUCUUCAUAUGCCGAAAAUUGGACAGUGCAAGAUUUAACUCCCCUCCUCAUCGAGGUUUUGCCGAGCGGAAACUUGGAAGUUGUCCAACUGAUGGUUGAUCACGGAGCUGACCUGAAUGUCGGCAUGAUGAACGGGCACUUGUCCCUUUUUCAGUACUGCGUGGGGAUGAAUGCAAUGGAUUCCGCCCUUUUCGUGCACCAACGGAACCCAGAGGAGAUAAGCCUGUCCAAUUUGGUUACCGCAGCAACGACUGAGAACAUCGCAAUGUGCGAGUGGCUGAUCGGGCUCAUCAAAGAAUCCAAAUUUCAUAUUUUAAUUCCUGAUUUCAUUCAUUUUGCUGCCAAGUACACUCCCUUCGGUGCAGCAAUUAUCCGGCAUUUUGAUUUCAUAAUGCGUCCGUACAUCAAUUCUGUCAACAGCGAAGGCAAAACUGCUCUCCAUUCGGCCGUGGACGCACACAACCUCUCUAGUUUUCAGGCCUUGGUCGAGAUCGGUGCGGAUCUGACCGUGAAAUAUCGUGAUGUUAACUUGCUGCACUACUGCCUGUUUAAAAAUUUUCUCAAGGGCGCCAAGAUUGUGUUCGCCAAGGACCCAAGCCUGUUGCAGGGAAGACAAGCUUUGGUCUGGGCUCCUCUUUCCAAUUUAAUUAGAGAUUGGCUUGCUUCUGUAGGCGUUCACGAUUACUAG